GAGCCGGCAGUCACUGCGUGUUCAUGUGAAACGGAUACGUUGUAGGGCGCCGUCCGGUCCGGCUCGUCUCGCUCAUCACGAUGAUGGACCAUUAAGCGGUUGUCUAUAAAGACAACCUCGACGACUACACACAGUCGAGAGAGAGAGCAAGGGGAUGUUGACUUAUUCCCCGGACCCCCUCCCUCCUGUAGUUUGUCUAAUGGAGGAAGAUGUACCCCCAAAUCCUUUUUGCAGUGCACCCCCCCACAGUGAACCUCCUCUCCCUUCCCUCUCUUCCAACACUCCCAGCUGCGAGAAUGAUGGAAAACCCAACCGCCGUAGAGCUGGUUUGUGUAAACCACAGACGACCAGUAAACCCUGGUCUCAGAUCAGCCAGACCGCAGCAAGGCCGCCCACACCAGUCAAGACCCCCACCAAGACAGCGGGGGAGACCUGCACGGCCCCGGGGUUACAGGAUGUGUCCAUUCAACUCGUGAGGGUGGAUUCUCCCCAACGCCCACCGUCCCAGAUCGCAGCACCUGAUAUGGAUGUGUCGUCGUUUCCAUCAAAAGAACCGAGUUCCACCUCAGAAAAUGGAUCACCGUCCACGAUACAGAAUGAGGAGAAACCCUUCGCUACCCGUAUGGAUUUUAGCAGUCUGCCCUUCAACAAACCCCUCCCAGACCAUCCAGAACGGGCCCCCCCGGACCAGGACAUGGGACUGGAGGUGAAGACCCCCCCCGCCAAAUCCAAAUGGGUCAUCGGCCCGUUCUUUCAGUCCUUCAAGUCAAAAAUGGCGAGUUUCAGCGAGAUCGUCAUGAGUCCCGUGAAGCUCUUCACAGCACACAGCCCUCCCGAUUCCGCCAGCCUCGCAGACGAUCCAGAUCCAUUGGACCGGCCGGAGGUCAGACCGGACCGGUCCAACGGCUGUGAAGGUCAAACGGUAGACGACGGUCUGAACGAUGACACCCUGCCGUGGAUGCCUCCUUCGGCAUCGAAAGGGCUGACGGUUGAGGAGGAAGACGAGGAACAUCUCCGCACCGCGUCGCUCGAGCGUUCUCCGACCAAACCCCCUGAGGUGAGCGAUGCGGCCCGCGGCUCGGUACCGGUCAGCAGACCACCGGUGGCAGACAUGGAGACCAACGAUGAUGAGCCGGUUCCUCUGCCUCCGCUUACCCCGGAGAAACACCCAGAACCCAGCAGAUACAUCAGCACGGAGAGAAGAGCCCAGAGAAGCAAGCGGCUGGUUCAAACGAAACCCCUUUACUCGCACUCAUUGAACAGAUUUGUGCUACGGAGCAAAUCUUUGGACAUUCUCCCCUGCAGAGAGACGCAGGAGGCUAGCUGUGCUGAGCCUCACCACAGACAGUUCUCUGUUGAGUGUACGGUGGAAGCCACCAUUGGGGACCUAAGCAAUGGCGAUGUCCUCUGUCUGGAUCAUUGUAUUGAAGGGGACUGCAGUGAAAGCUGCAGCAGCCUCUCUGUUAGGAAAAGCCCACGGAACUCUGCCAAAAAGGGAGCCAACGGUGCAUUGAAUUCAAUCUCACAAACUCUUUCUAUUGGACAAGGACUGCCGGAGGCGGGCCCAGGCUCUGAUCCGGUCGGACGCAUCGGGAAAGCCAAGAGAAGAUUGACUCUUGAUCCUCAGCCACGAGGCGACGCUCGCUUGAAAAACAGGAAAAUAACCCGAUCGGAUAAAAGCACAGAAGAUCCGAUAAACGUAGACGUAAGUCUGCAUGUCACGGAGGACAGCGCAACCAGCCAUUUGAAAGAGCUCCGGAACGACCUCUCGUCGAAUGUCGUUCCCGUCUCGGAGAUGAAGCUGAACCCGCGGGCUAAGAAGGUGCAUCUUCUGAGGCGGAUGCAGAAGAAGGGAACAAGCCAACCGGAAAGUCUAUGUGCACCUAAAGAACCCACGUUGCACCGUGAAACUGAAAACCCCACUCCUGUGGUUGUUGCUGUUGACGUGUCGCAGCCCGGGAACACGACGUCGGAUAACUUCACAAAGAAACCCCUCCACACCAGGAACCCCCGGGGGGCAACCAAGAAGGGCGUCUCGAAACCUGGCUCGCAUAAACCAGACUUUAAAUCUGACAGUAUGGAUCUGGGAACGUCGGCGAUGACCACUUGCACGCGAGACGCCGACGCCGACGACGACAUCGAGCGGCCGUGUCCGAACGUCCCGGACCAGCCCGUGGAGACCGUGCUCUGUGGACCCCAGGUCUCGCUGCCCACUCGGCCCUCAGGUUUGGGCAGGAAGCGGGACCUUUCGCCAGAGUGUGACGCAGACGUUUCCUCAAGUCUGAGCACGUUCACAAACGUGAACCAAAUGCCUAAGCCGGCGAAACGUGCGGCAGUUUGUAAGCAAGCACGUCCGACUAAAGCGCGGGGCGUGGCCGCGGACCACACCUCCGAGGCCCUGUUUGGAUUAGAUUCCGUCUCCGCCGUCCUGGAUGUCCCCGUGACUGCCAAGAGGAGUCGGAAAACCGGAGUCUGGAGGCCCAAAAAGGACUGUGGUGAAACCGACGACCAAUCGUCGCAUGCAGUAAACCCGGCGCCACACACGCAGCGUGUAAACGGUCACCGGGGGAAUCACUGGAAGCACAAGACCAUUCCCGCGCACGGAGGCGAAAGGGACGAUGUUCUCGGUAGCGCUGAAGCUUCCGUCCAGGGGGCCGGCCGCCGUACGCAGGGCGCGGCCGUUCCCUCCGCCAACGGGCUCCUCGGCGUCCCGUCGGCCGAGGCGACGCUCGGCAAAAGAAGCGUGAAGGUAAACCACACGAGGCAGGAGAGCCGAAGGAGGAAGGAAAGGCUGCCGUUCGGAGCCGACGUCUUCGAGGAACGCGCCGUCGAGGAGCGGGGGACCGGGAGGACCGACCUGAGGGAGCUGGACUUCACCUCCUCCUCCAGGGUCCUCCGGCGCAGCGUCUCCUGCCCGGAGAUCCACUCCCUCCACCAGCACCACGCCCUGUGGCCCUCCCCUCUCUACUCGCCCCAGCCCAGCAAAGGACGUGUCGCCCACCAGUACCACCACCACCACCACCCCCACCCCCACCCCCACCCCCACCCCCACCAGCCGCUCCACGAUGUCCACCGGCUGCCUCGCGUCCUCUGCAAGCCCCGGCGCACCCGGCGCCACACGGUCAGCACCGCGGAGGUGGCCCGGGAGAUCGCCCCCUUGUGUCUGCGCAAGGAGGUGUACCCCUCCAGGAGGUCCGGGGGGCCGGGCGCCACCACCCCGGCCUCCCCCUUCUCGCUCUCGGCCCUGGCCUCCUGUUUCCUCACCAGCCCCAUGGCCUUCCUCUCCCGGCGGCUUGACGGGAAGAGUGCCACCGCGGCGGCGGCGGCUAACUGUGCUAGCACCGCGGCGGCGGCGGCGGCGGCUAACUCCCCUGGCGCACACGGACACCACUUCUCGCCGUCGCCGUCGCCGUCCACCGACUCGUUCCACUCUGCCGCCUCGUCCCCCUUCGCGGCCUCCUCCUCCUCCUCCUCCUCCUCCUGUGUUUUCACCUCUCCAGCGUCCGUCUCCUCGUCCCCGUGGCGACUGUUUCCCGGGUUCCACGCGAGGGCUGACCCCCCUGCGGUCAGCGUGUCCCCCGUCCACAGCGCGGCCUCCCAGAUGCCCAUGGAGAGCGAGGCGGAGAGGACCGAGGAAGAGGAGGGUGAAGACACACACUACCGCCGGCAGUUUGAGGAGAAAUCCCUGUCAGACUCCGAAAUCAAGGUGGUGAAAAUUACCGAAGAAAGAGGCAAGGUUUCAUCCAUCCGAAUCCGCAAAACCCGUCCCAAACCGCAGAACAACCUCACGCCUAUGGGGCUGCCCAAGGCCAUCAGGCUGAAGAAGAAGGAGUUCAGCCUGGAGGAGAUCUACACCAACAAGAACUUCACCGCGCCUCCAGAAGGCCGUCUGGAGACCAUCUUCGAGGUGCCACUGAGCCGCCGCAACGGCUCCACCUCUCUGUUCGGCCAGCGGCGCCUGAAGCGCGCCGUGGAGUUCCCCGAGGCGGGGGAGGCCCGACGACCGAAGAAGCCACUUGGGGGCGGAGCCGGCGGCGGCGGCGGGAAGCAGGGCGGCGUCAGCUCGGCGGGCAGGCCCCGGCGCGGGGGCUACCAGAGCGCCAAGGAGACCCCGUCUCUGAGCGCCCAGGACGUGGACUCGCUGCUCUGUGCCAAGCUGGACCAGCUGGACCUGCUGCUGAUGCUGAACAACGGGGGGGCAACGCUGUAAAGCCAGCCGCUAAGGUAGCUGACAAAUUAACUGUCCUUUUUCGUCAGUCUAUCAGUGUAGCUAGUCGCUAAGCUAACUGACGAAGGGCAGUUAGUUUAGCGACUCUGUAUAGCGAGUCGCUAGGCUAACUGACGAAAAGCAGUUAGUUUAGCGACUCUGUAUAGCGAGUCGCUAGGCUAACUGAUGAAGAGCAGUUAGUUUAGCGACUCUUUAUAGCGAGUCGCUAGGCUAACUGACGAAAAGCAGUUAGUUUAGCGACUCUUUAUAGCGAGACGCUAGGCUAACUGACGAAAAGCAGUUAGUUUGGCGACUCUAUAUAGCGAGUCGCUAGGCUUACUGACGAAAAGCAGUUUGUUUAGCGACUUUGUAUAGCGAGUCGCUAGGCUAACGGACGAAAAGCAGUUAGUUCAGCGACCCGCUAUGCAGAGUUGCCCCCAGUUAGCUUAGCGACUCUGUAUAGCGGGUUGCUAAACUAACUGACGCAAAAGAGCAGUUAAUGGCUGCUGUUUUGGUGGCCUUUGAGAGCGGGAGACUGGCCUAUCCCUUCCAGUACUUUCUGCUUGUUUACCAGCGUCGACAAUACAAUUUAAUAAUAAAUUAAUAAAUCAAAUUUAUUGUCGUGACGCUGAUGGAUUGCGUUGACAAUAAAUAUUGUAUAAUAAUAAUAAUAAAUAGCGUAUUUUGUACCUUUGUAGAAUUGGAAUUGUAUAUAUUUAUGGUGUCGAAGGGUGAUUACAAAGUGCCGAACAUGUGUAGCCUUUCAUAACUGUUGUAUUUGUUUAAAUACUGUAUAAAUAUCUCCAAACAUCGCCGUUCACCAUCGCCUCGCCGUCCAUACAGUACCACCGAACCCAGACCCAACUAUUUUUUGUCAUUGUUCAGUUUUACAUUGUUCUGCUCUUUUAUACAAACCAUUUUAUUCCAAACCAAACGUUUUCGUCCAGAAGGGUUAAAAAAAACAUGGCAGACUAUUAAACAGCUGCUCAUAGGGUUUCCGUUUUAAAUUUUAACGUACAAGUGUUUCAGGAGGCGUAACUAAUAGUAAUAGCAGGACUAUGAGGUUUAAAUCGCUGCGUUCUCAGUGUGAUGUUCCAGCUUUGCUUCCUAGGGCAGCUAUUUCUCUCUCAUAAGGUUCUCUGAUACCACCUAUCGAAGAUGCUGUUGUAAAGUUAUCUUCUCCUUCUUUGUUUCAGUGAAUGUCGUCUUGUUGCUGCUGUUAAUUGCUUGCUGUUGUGGCAGUUUUGUUGCAUCGUUACACUUGCUAGUCUCCUCAGUAGCAUGCGAUGCAAAAUGUAAAUGAAAAUGUAAAUGAUGUUAAUCAGGGCAAGUGAAGGAACAAUAUAUUAAAUAUCUAUAUCUGUAUAAUAUUAAGCAGCUAGAGGUUUUUGUAUAAAGUGGUAACCCAGCACUGAAGAACAUACUUUCGCCUGACUUUUCUAUAACUCUAUAAAUCUAUUACUCUCCAUCGUCGUACCUGUGGUAUUUAUAUGUUAAAACAUACAAAGGUUUUUGCCUUUGCCCAAUUUCCAUGGGAUUGCCUUAACUGUAAUAUUUGUACAAUGUCUGUUUAGUUCGUGUUUGUGUUUUCUUUCACUUCUGAAAGCGGAUUUCAACAUCGUUGUCGUUUAAGUUUUAACCUGAGGUAAAUAAGAGCACAAUAUAUGGGUUUGUUGGAUGUAAUCUUGGAGGGGUAGAUGUGCUUUCGUGUACAUGUUUUGGUUUUUACAUUUUUGGAUAUACAACGGUGAACAUGUGUCAGGAAUAUAGAAAACCCAUAAGCAAUGCAAAGAUAUACGAAAAGUUUUAUUGUGGAAUGUUGUUGCAACAAAUAAGCACCUUCGUCAGAGGUUGUGAAUUGUUUUGUGAAAGUCCUAAUAAAAACAAAUUUCUAUAUAUA